CACAAUACUUAGUUCUUGUAAAGAUCUCAACAGUUUUUAUUAAUAAUAUUAAUAAUAUAUUCACAAUUUUUUUUGAAAAUAGUGUGUUCAACGAGGCUGAGAAAAUAAGCAAUCUCAUUUUGCAAUAAUUAAAAGUGUGAAUUUAAGACACACCUCAACUCUAUUCAAAGCGUUUUACACUAGCAUUCAAUUCAUUCUACACACUCAACUAAACCCCAAUAAUAACUUCAAAACAAUCUUCAAUGAAAAAAUCAUACCUACAAUUUAUUAUUUGAAGUGGGACUUUUCAAAGAGUUUAUUUUUUAGAAAGAAAGAAUACAACAUUUUGGUUUCAAUAGUUGAAAUCUUUACUAAAUGGAGAAAAGACCUAUUUUUCAACGGGCUACAACUCCAUAUAGUUUUGAAGAGAAUAUUGUGGAAAAAAGAAGUUGCACAAAUCCAAGGAAAAGAAGUUUGCUAAUUAAGAAUGAGAAUAAUCAAAAACCAUGUGCCCAAAAGAAAGUGGAUCUACUUGUGUUUGAAAAUCAUAACGCAACGCAAGUUGCCAUUGAUAUUGAUAAAGAAGUGGCUGAUAGACAAAUGUUACAAGCUUUUGAAUCUAGAUUAAAAGGAACUUCGCGUGAUAAGGAAUCGUUGCUAGAAGAAUGCAAUACUUUAAGAGAAGCAUUGGCCGACCAGCACUACCAUUUACAACUUCAUAAAAUUCACCAUGAAACGCUUCAUCUUAAACAAGAGAAGAUGGAAGUAAUAAUAAAAGAUUUAGAAAUCGCUCAUGGAUUAAAAGCCCCUCGAACAGGAGAUCCAUCUCAUUUGAAAGCUAGACUUUUAGGAUUAAAGUAUAGAAAGCAAGUAUACUUUGCAACAUUGACAAUUUUACAAGAUGACCUUAAUGCAUUAAAAAAAGAUGGUCAAGUAUCUCUUACACAAGAAGCUAUUGCAGAAAGAGAUGUGUUUGCAAGUGAAACAAGGAGAUUGCAAAAAAUAAUCCGUCAGUUGCGGAUUCAUUAUCAUAAAAUUUGUGAAGAAAACAAAGAGAUUGCAUAUCUUUGCAAACAAAUGGAUAUUCUGAUCAACUCAAUUAAUGAUGCAAAAAGAAAUACUGUUGAUAAAACCUUUAGCAUCGGACAAAUGAAAAACGAUAUUGCAAAAACAAAAUCUGAUGCUUCAGAAGCCCAUCGGAGUACGGAACUUGCACUAUCGAAAAUGAAGGAUCUCGAGAAUCAUAAUAAUGUGUUGAAGAACAUGCUUGUUCGUGAAAGAGACGAAACAAGCCGUAUUCGAAAGCAGCAUAUGGUGAUUACUGAACGAAUUCGAAACAUUCGGAAAGAAAACGCUGAAAAACUUUUGAAAGCAGCAGCGUCUGCAGGUAUGUCGGCGGCGAAUGCAUCUAAAAAAGCUGGUAAAGGUGGUAAGAAAGGCCAGUCAAAAGGCAAAUACGAUAGCCUCUCCGACUCGGAUGUUUCUACUUCUUCAUCACUAUCUCCAUCCUCUAAAAUGUUUGGUUCUUAUGCGUCAACGUUACCUUCAUCACCAACUAGUCCAACUUCAACAUCAAGUGGUACUGGAUUAAAUAAUGAGAUAAAUCGAAUUCGUGAGAAUUACCUCAAAUCAGUCGAAACUGCAGCAAAUAUUUUUGUUGAAACAGCGCCUGGAUCUGAAUCACUGAAAGGAAAACCUCAUGAAGCAUUUAGAUCUGUAGAUGAUGACCACUCAAAUUAUGAACGGGUUACUGAAAGCUUCCAAAAAGACGUAAGCGAAGCAGAAGACACGUUUUUGGCUAUGAUGGAGAAGAUGGAGUAUGGUACAGUGCGAUCUAGGAAUAAGAGUGCCGCAAGAGGUAAUUCAGAGGAAGAUACACUGCGAAAUUCACAACCUGAUAUUAAAAAAUGGUUGGAAAACUUGACAAUUGAAAUUGAUAAUAAGACUCUCAAUACGAGCGACUAUGUUGUUGACUGCAAAGGUUUAAAGACAAACGUGAAAAUUAAAAGUCAUGAUAACUCUCCUGAAGCAAUCGCAAGAAAGAAGGCUGAAAAGGAAGCGCAGAGACAGCAAGAGCUUGAAAACGAAGCACAAAGACAGAAACUCGUAGAAGAAUUAGAAGCAGCGAAAAGGAAAGCAACCGAAGAGACUGAAGCUAGACGGAAAGCAGAAGAAGAAGUAGAGGAUGCCAAAAAGAAGGCAGCUGAAGAAGAAGUGACCAAGAGAAAACUGGCAGAGGAAGAAACUACAAGAAGACAAAUUGCCGACGAAGAAGCCGCCAGGGAGAAGGCUGUAGAGGAAGAAGCACGAAGGCAAAAAAUAAUAGAGGAAGAAACACGAAGGCUAAAAAUGAUAGAGGAAGAGGAAGUACGAAGGAGGAAAGCGAUAGCGGAGGAAGAAGCGCGAAGGAAGAAAGCGAUAGAGGAGGAGGAAGCGGUGAGAAGGAAGAGGAUGAUCGAGGAGGAAGAAGCAGCGGCGGCGAAGAGGAAGGCGGCGAUGGAGGAUGGGGAGAGUGGAGGAGCAGGAAGAGGAAGAGGAGGAAGAGGAGGAAGCAGCGGCGAGGGAGAGUUCUUCAACGAGGAAAUGAAGACGGACAUAAAGCAUGAGAUUCGAGAUGUGCUGUUGCACUUGGAGACGAUCUCUGACACCAUCAACGAGAAAGCAGCAGCAUCGAGCUCCUCCUCCCCUCCUCCCCCUCCUCAAGAUCCCCAGGAGGAUGCGGAGGAGGAGGAUGAAUGAUGAUGAAUGAUGAUGAAUAAUGAUGAAUGAUGAUGAAUGAUGAUGCUCUUUCGUGGCACCGCUGUUCGUUGAUUUCACGCCUGGUUUGACGCCUUGUCUGAAGCUUGACUCUGAAACUUGGUUUGACGCUUACGAUUUUCAUGCCGUACAUUCACCUUUCAAGUCAUUGUCUAGUUUUUCUUGUACACUUAUUUUAAUUUUAAUUUUUAAAAUUAUGUUUCUGAUCUUUCUUAUUUUUUAAAAAAUAAUUUAUUUUUCGAAAUUUUAUUGAAUGAUUCAGUUUUUUUCAUUUUUUACUUUUCUUUUUCUUUUUAUUCUUUGUGAUUAUAAAUGUGAAAUAGUUUUUAAUGUAAAAGAAGCAACCAAAAUUUUCAUCACUUCCAAUGUGAUGUGGUUUGAAUUUUUGAAGUUUCAUUAUCUCAA